AGUGGCGGCUUCAACUACUCACAUAGAAAUGGAAUCAGGCAGCUCUGCUGUUACUAAUCAAUCUGCACAAGGCCAAAUUAUGGUCAAUCAAAAGGAGACCUCCAUUGAUGAUGAUUUUAUUAGAUUACUUCGAAUAAUGAAGGAUGGCUCCGACUUGGAAAUUGGCCUGCCUUCUAUUUCCAAACUUGCUGCUCUUGAAGAUGACAAGGUGGCUAAGGCCUUUGUUGACAUAGAAUCCUCAUUAAAAAUGGAUCUCCAUCAGAUAGCUAACUCAGAAGAACACACUAAUCGCCUUGAGAAUGCACUCAACCUCUUGUCCACUCAUUUUUCUGAAGAAGAACCUUCCUCUCACGGCCUUAUUAGAGGCAAAACAGACUCUCUUCAUCAAGAAAUUCAAAGAAUUCUCUCAUCGUUCAAGCAAGCUUCUGGUAACCUUGACAAAUUCACCAAGCUUAGAGAAAAAGAGAAGUGGAUCGAUGAACAACAUUCUCAAAGGAUGGAGGAAGCUACUACUCUUGUGUCUGAAAUCUGCAAUACUGAGGAUUAUAUGAUUAAACUGAAGGAGCAAAUCGCUAGAUUGCAGGCUGAAUUGAAAAGCAAAGGAGAAGAAUUUGAAGACUGUGAAAUCAAACUGUCAUCUCUUCGGAAACAAAAGAAGGAAUGUGUCUUGGACACCAUAAGGCUAAUGGAAGAGUAUGAGGCUAUGAAGAAAGACAAGUCCUAUGUGGUGGAUGGCCAAACAAAACCAAGCCAAGAACUAAAAAAAGUGGAAAAUCAAUGGCCCUCUUGUGUGGCUGAAUUGAGGAAAACUGCACUUUUGCUGGGAAUCCUUCUUCAAUAG